GUGGAUUCUAAUUAUAUUCAAUUGAACAGCUUGCUGGCUUCUUACUAUGUAAACCCCAAGCAAUUUUCGAGAACCUCGGAAUGCUUGGUACAACAACGAUGCACAUAUGACCUCGCCGAAGUUUUGAAUUUGCUACCGCUCUCAUCAUGACUGACCUUACGCCUGUUUUCAAUGGCUUCCUCAAACGACAUGAGGCUUCUGUUACGAAACGGGGCUUCAGCUUGGAUAACCUAGAUGAUUUUCUGAAGGAGGCCUAUAGAAUAAAUUCCCACAUCGCCUCACUUCAUGCCGACCUUAGGUCUAUCAGACAAUCGUAUCUCUCGACCGCCCAACCCCGAAAAACAUUGAUCCGCUCGGCGCAAAAAGACAAACAGUCGCGGCCGCUCUCAGACCGAGAGCGCGAGGAGAUAGAUGCCAAUUCCAAGAAAAUGCUGCGGGAGCUCAAUGCGAGCAUCCGCCGCUUAGCAGAUGUCGAGCAAGCGCGAUCAGAGAUCGAAUCUAGGGUAAUCCAGAAGAAGUUCGCGCGAGGAUUAGGUGCUUUGGGGGCAUGGGCAGCAGGCGGGAUGACGAUCAACAAAUCCCCUGAACAUACGGCGGCGGAAGAACGCGCAAAGAUUAUCAGUUCUCAUCGAGAUAGCGUCCUGUGGCUUCUACGACAUCGACUUCAAGAAUGCGUCCAGACACAGCAGAAUAUGAUGGAGAUACGGUUGAUGAGAGAAAUAGAAAAGAAUAGAAGUGUGUUGGCCAAAUCGCGAAGACAGGAAGUUCCGUUGGCUGCUGUGGGGAAUAUGCACCAGACUGGAGGUACAACGGAAUCAGAGAGGAGAGCGAGCCAACCAUUGCCUCCUGACGAAACACCGUCCCACGCCCCUACAGGAGACUUGACUGAGGAGCAAAUACAAAUGUUUGAGAAGGACAACCAAGACAUGCUUAAACAUUAUGAAAGCACAUUGGAUCAAGUUAGAACUGCGGAAAAGUCACUACUUGAAAUAUCAGAGCUCCAGACACAACUUAUCGACACAUUAACGACACAGUCGGCAGGUAUUGAACAACUAGUAGCCGACUCCGAAAAAACGACGGAGAAUAUCGGCGGAGGAAACAGACAGCUCAAACAGGCGACUCAGAAGGCCAGCCCAGCCAAGUACACGUUUUUCGCGACUUGCGGGUUAUGCGCAUUCUUGAUUGUAUGGGAUUUGGUUAUAUAAAAAAGAGCAUCAACAAUAAUCUGAUCUGCUUGGCCGUCUUAUAAGCGGAUAUUGUAAUAGUAAUAAUACCCGGGAAAGCGAAAAAGAGCAUAUAAUGCAAUUUUGCAUGUGAAGGGACGACGGCUACAGAAUAUGCAUCACAUGCCAAGUAACCAGGUUACCGAUUGUAGUGGUCAGUCAAUUUACUAGGUGCAUCUAAACAAUUCAAUCAAUGCCUAGUACUAGUCAACAAUCUUUGGUAUGGUAUGGACUAGGUAGUUGAUGAUACUAUUUUAUUGCGAGAAAACAGCUCUCGGAGCUCUUUACGUAAGCUCGCUUACAUAAGCUCGAGCUCCUUAUAUAUGCCGCAUUUUACCUAUAAUAAAUCG